GUCAUGUUCAUUCCAUAAAAGAAAAAAAAAUAACAACAAACAAUCCGCUUAUCAAUUGCAUCUGCAAAUUCUUUUAUUCCAAUCCUUGUGCUCGCGCGUUCGUUUAUCGUUUGCAUGUGCCAGCAUUAUUUUUCCAACACUGACUACGGUUGCCGUCAAAAUGAUGCGCUUGCUAGCGUCCACGGUCGCUGCGCAGUGCGGUUUGGCCAUUCGCAUCACCAAAACAACGUCCGCGCUAUCGUUCUGUGUUCAAUCGCCCGUGGCAUCUGCCGUCCGUUUACGCUCCAUGUGUAGUUCCGCUCCGGGAGCAAAAGAAGGCCGGCUACAGGUCGGUGCUAGCACCGUGCACUUUGUCGAGGCAGGUGAUGGCAACCGCGGCGUCAUACUGUUGCCCGGUGCGCUCGGUACGGCCUGGACGGAUUUCAAACCACAAAUCGAGGGCCUGCCGGCGCUACUUCCGCACCAUCGUGUUAUAGCCUGGGACCCACCCGGGUACGGCAAGUCCCGACCGCCCGACAAGGAGUUUACGGUGGAUUUUUACGAGCGGGAUGCUGCCGCUGCCGGUGAGCUAAUGCAGAAGCUUGGCUUCCAGCGGUACAGUGUCGUUGGCUGGAGUGACGGUGGCAUUACCGGUCUAGUGUUAGCCGCCAAGCAACCGGAAAAGGUGGAAAAGCUCGUCGUGUGGGGCUCGAACUCAUACAUAUCGGACACGGAGGCCAACAUUUACGAAGGUAUUCGGGAUGUUAGCAAAUGGUCGGCAAGAAUGCGGGAACCAAUGGAGCAGGUGUACGGUGUAGAUCACUUCCCCAAGCUAUGGUCGGCCUGGGUUGAUGGGUUGUUGCGCAUUCAUCACGAGCGCAAAGGGGAUAUCUGUUCUGGGUCGCUGAAGCACAUCAAAGCCCCGACGCUGGUCGUGCACGGAGCAAAGGAUCCGAUGAUCAUACCCGACCACGUACCUUAUCUGCUGAACAAUAUCAAAAACACGGAUCUGCAUGUGUUCCCCGAUGGCAAGCACAAUAUUCACCUGCGCUAUGCAAACGAGUUCAACGCGAUAGUGGCCAAAUUUCUGCUGGAAUAGGGCCUUCUUUAUAGCACCCUAACUUGAUUGUUUUUCUGUUAUUCUGUUACAUAAUUUUACGGUCUCGAACACAGCUUUAUUUAUUGAUUGGUUAUCUCUUCAUAUUGAAAACGCCAAGCGUGUAACUGUCGAAGAAACACAUUUCGCCGUAGGAAGUACAAACACAACUGUGGGUAUAAAGUACAAUUUGGGUGCACUUCUACAUAAAGAUUAGAAUGAUAGCCGCUAGCAAAA